GUAGCAGUGACAUGAACACUUGGAAGAAAAAUACAAAAAGAAUACACAUUAAGAAAACAAGGAAGGAAAAACGGAACCCCAUUUCCAACUCUUUUUUUUUUCUUCACUUCACCAUAAUCCAGUAACCAAACCAAGAAAAACUGAGAUACCCAGAAACUGAAACAAGAAGAAAAAACACCAUGCCUUCAAGGCCUUUGCCUCCAGGUCCAAACCUACCAAGACCAAGUUUCAUCAGCAAAACAAGAGUCAUAUUCCUGAUCCUAACAAUCUCAUCUUCAGUGGUUAUUCUGUUUACAAUAAUUUACUUUCUUUACCAUCUUUGGAACUCUCUUUCAAACCGAGCUAAAACCAUCCCUUUUGACUCUAGUGCUCCUCUUAAGCUCCAAAGGUUUUGUUACAAAGAGUUAAAGAAUGCUACCAAUGAUUUUGAUGAUGCGAAUAUCAUAGGAAAAGGUGGUUCAGGUACUGUCUUCCGUGGCAUUGUCAGAGAUGGUAAACUGUUUGCCAUCAAAAGGCUUGAUACUGUAUCUUUGCAAACUGAGAGAGAGUUUCAAAAUGAGUUGCAGAUUCUUGGUGGUUUAAGAUCAUCUUUUUUGGUUACCCUUCUGGGGUAUUGUGUUGAAAAAAAUAAGCGUUUGCUUGUUUACGAGUAUAUGCCAAAUAAAAGCUUGCAAGAAUCACUUUUUGGAGACGGUCAGUUGAGCUUGAAUUGGCAAAGAAGGUUUGAUGUUAUCGUUGAUGUUGCUAAAGCUCUUGAAUUUCUUCACUUCGGUUGUGAUCCACCAGUGAUACAUGGAGAUAUUAAGCCUAGUAAUGUGUUGCUUGAUUCUGAUUUUAGAGCAAAGAUUUCAGAUUUUGGAUUGUCCAGAAUUAAAGUGGAGGGUGAGUUCGGAGUGGAUUUGUUUAGUCAAGAUUUGGGAAGGAGUCAAGAGCUAUGGAAGAGCCAAGAGUUACCUGGGAAUUUGGGAGGAACUACUGGUGAACAGACUCCAGCAAUUGGGACUCCUGUGGAUAGUAACAACAAUGAGGUAGACUUUGCACUUGCCUUGCAAGCUUCUUCUUCUUCAAAAAAUAGUAAAAAAUGUUAUAAUGUUAAGGCUCUGAAUUUAAAUUCUUUCAAUUACAAUGCUAACAUAGCUAGUGACAGUGAUUGUAAAGUUGGGAACAAUGGAAAAGGGAAGGAGGUUACUGAUGUGGAUAUUGCUGGUGAUGAUUGGAACACUAAGUUUGUGCCUUAUGAUGAUGAGUUUGGUAGCAUUGAUCAUAGUAAAGAGUUGAAUUCUAGUGCUAGUUUGGGUGUUGAUGUGGCAGCAAAUACAAAACAAUGGGGGAAGGAUUGGUGGUGGAGGCAGGACGGGAGUGGUGAAUUGUGUAGUAAAGAUUACGUUAUGGAGUGGAUAGGGAGUCAGAUAUGUCCUUCAAAUCCUGAUUGGGAUGAUGAGAAACAGGCCACUCCUGAAAAAAUUGAGUUGGACAAUUCAACUCAGUUGGAGAAGUUGGACGAUGUUAAUGAAUCCCAGGUACAAGGACUUGGCUUUGAAGCCUUGGAAAAGGGUUUUGAGAAGAAAGAACCAAAAGGAAGGAAAAAUCGGAAAAAGAAACAUAGGAAGAUGCAAGAAUGGUGGAAAGACGAGCAUUUAGGUGAGAUAAGCAAGAAGGAUAGUAAGCUGAAGCAGCUUAAGACAAAGUGGAAGAAAGGAUUUAAAAUGCCACAUUUUGAUCUGGGAAGGCGGUUUUAUUUUCACAGGAGAAAGAAGUUUGGGGAACCAAAUCAAGAUGCCUGUGAUGCAAAUGGAGAGUUCAGUUUUAGAAGGGGAUGGAGGAGAAAGAACAACAAUUCUGUUGGAAGUGACAUGUGGAGUGGGGAUCUUUUUAGUCGUGAGCUAAGCAGCACAACAAGCAUGAGGGGGACUUUGUGUUAUGUUGCGCCAGAGUAUAAUGGCUGUGGCUACUUGAUGGAGAAGGCUGACAUUUACAGUUUAGGAGUUUUGAUCCUUGUGAUUGUGUCUGGUAGAAGGCCAUUGCAUGUUCUUGCUUCACCUAUGAGGCUUGAAAAGGCAAACUUAAUAAGCUGGUGUAGGCAAUUAGCUCAAUCUGGAAACGUAUUAGAACUGGUAGAUGAGAGAUUGAAAGAUGAGUACAGUAAGGAGCAGGCAAGCUUGUGCAUAAAUUUGGCACUUAGUUGCCUGCAGAAAAUGCCUGAGUUGCGGCCAGACAUUGGGGAGAUUGUAAGGAUCCUGAAAGGGGAGAUGGAUCUCCCGCCAAUCCCGUUUGAGUUUUCUCCAUCUCCACCAUCUAAAUUAUACAACAGAUCAAGGAGAAAACAGAAGGCAAAUGCAGAGUAGUUUUUGGUAAUCCUUUCAAUUUUGCUUCUGUUUCUGCUGUCAAAUUGGGGGGGUUUGGUGACUGUUGAGUGUAAUAUAGCAGAGAUGAUUGGAAGCUGUUCUUCAAAAUGUAUAUGGGGGACUGAAGGUGUGUAUCACGAUGAUUAUGUUGUUUGUAUAUUAUAUGAAUGAUUUGCACUUUCUUUUCUACUAACUUGAUGUCGAUCACUUA